GGAUGAAGGAGGGCCUGCUAAAAGGUCCGUCCGCCGCCCCAAGGUCGCUGCAAGUUGCCCCGCAAGAGCUAAUCCGUGGAGUGGGGCAGCGUCCCCUCUUGGCUGGCAAGCUGCACCACGCACUGACGACCCAGACACCCAGACUGGCCGGUCGUGUCCCUGCGGCCCACUCGACCACCCACCCCCCUGGCCGUUUAUUGUGGCCCGGGGAGAAAGCAGAGCAAGCCGCAGGUCCAGCAGCUGCUCGUGCUGCGCACAGCCAGGAGCUUACGCUGGCGCCGUGCGCCGCCUGCAAGGACCGGGGCCAGACCAAAAAAACCGCCAUCGCCGCUAGUCUGUGUGGUCGCCAGGGCAGGGACGGAGAUAGAGAAAGGGAGGGAGGGAAGACCGAGUUCGAAGACGUGCUGAUCUACGUGUAUAUGGCCUACGACGCCAUCGGCCGUUGCGCCGUUGAAGAACAUGCCGACCACCACUUGGCUGCCCGGGCCCCUAGCUGCAAACCCGAGCUCUGCCCACUUGCUCUGUGGGAAACAGCUUCUAAUCCAAUUAUGGGACCGAGCCAAAUCCUCCCAACCGCCGGCACUCGCCGUGCUGCGCAGCAGUACCCAGAUAUGACGGGGAUCACGACUUCCUGGAUGGAGCGCCGCGGCAGACAGCCAGAUGCCGCGGUCAACGCUCCACUCCACGGCGCGAGGCAAUUGAGCAGACCCCCGUCCCUUAGCGCCGGAUUCGCCAAUUGGGUUGAUGCAUGUAGCCGGAACGAACACUCAGGACUGGUCAAUCUCGAUCGCGGAAUCCCCAAACACCACCUCCAGCCGGCUGGCCAUAUGAACCCUUCCUCCCUUCACUCACGGGGUCCCGGCAACGGUUGCAGUCGGGGCCUCUUCUUGAUAGCCACGCUCCCGCGCAACUGGGACGGUGCAACGCUGCACAAGGGGCCGGCUGCGCCUACCACUAUGGAAGGUGCUACCUAG